UGAUAGAGUUCGUACAUCGUGAUCCGUUUCUCGCUCGAUUCCAGUAUUUCGAAGGGAUGUAAGAACAACCAUCUUGAUUUUUGUUGAAAUAAAAAUAGGAAGGAAGCCGGUUCACCUCCAUCAUUUAUGUUUUAAAAUAGAUUUGUUUCGUUUAUAUCAAUUUUUGAUAUUUAUUUAUUAAAUAGAUAGUUAGUGAUUAUAAUAUUACAAAAAUAUUUUAGAAACAAUUUUGUUGUUUACAAGGUGUUGUGUUUUUACAUUAUUAAAAGUUGACCGUGGUUACAUUUUUCAUCGGUAUGAUAUAGUUAAUAAAAAUUGGAGAUUUGUACAUAAAUUGCUAGUAAAUAGCAAUAAUAAAUUGUUGAAGUAUACGACUCGACAUUUGGUUGGAUAUAUACAAACACAAAAUUUUUGUAAAAUGGUGAUGUCGAGUAGAGCGAGAAUUUACACAGAUGUAAAUUCUAUGAAACCACGUGAAUAUUGGGAUUAUGAAAGUUAUGCUGUUGAUUGGGGACAACAAGAAGAUUAUCAAUUAGUUCGAAAACUUGGUCGUGGCAAAUAUAGUGAAGUAUUUGAAGCUAUAAAUAUUACAAAUAAUGAAAAGUGUGUUGUAAAAAUUUUAAAGCCUGUAAAAAAGAAGAAAAUAAAAAGAGAAAUAAAAAUAUUAGAAAAUUUACGGAGUGGUACAAAUAUAAUAACAUUACAAGCAGUUGUAAAAGAUCCGGUAUCUAGGACACCCGCUUUGAUCUUCGAACAUGUGAACAACACAGAUUUCAAACAAUUAUAUCAAACGUUAACCGAUUUUGAUAUUAGAUAUUAUUUGUAUGAAUUAUUAAAAGCAUUGGACUACUGCCAUAGUAUGGGUAUCAUGCAUCGUGACGUUAAACCACACAAUGUUAUGAUCGAUCAUGAGAAUCGUAGAUUACGUUUAAUUGAUUGGGGUCUUGCGGAAUUCUAUCAUCCGGGCCAGGAGUACAAUGUUCGAGUUGCAUCUAGAUAUUUUAAAGGUCCUGAAUUAUUAGUGGAUUAUCAAAUGUAUGAUUAUUCGUUGGAUAUGUGGUCGUUGGGAUGUAUGUUAGCAUCGAUGAUCUUUAGAAAAGAGCCAUUCUUUCAUGGACAUGAUAAUUAUGAUCAAUUGGUACGGAUUGCUAAAGUUUUGGGAACUGAAGAAUUAUUUGAAUAUUUAGAUAAAUAUCAUAUUGAACUUGAUCCAAGAUUUAAUGAUAUAUUGGGAAGGCAUUCUAGAAAAAGAUGGGAACGAUUUGUUCAUAGCGAUAAUCAACAUUUAGUAUCACCUGAAGCUCUCGAUUUUCUUGAUAAACUACUACGUUACGAUCAUGUUGAACGUUUAACUGCUAGAGAAGCUAUGGAUCAUAGAUAUUUUUUCCCUGUUGUGAAGGAACAAAAUCGUUUGAAUAUUGUCUCAUCCUCACCGACUCCAAUGUCUGGUUCGUUGCCUGUUGGAGUUGGUGAAUAAAAACAUUUAAAAAAAUAAAAAAAUAAAAAAAAAACACACACACAGGUAAAAAAUUAAAAAAAAAAAAACAUACAUCAUAGUCCUCUCGUUUCAAGUCGCAUCUACCCAAAUUAUAUAUUGUUCUAAAAAAUUCUUCAUUUUUCUAUUAUAAUUUUUAAUUAUUAUCUCUAUUUACCCUAUAAUCUAUCUCUCUCUCUCUCCCAUUAAAAAAAGAAGAAAUUUAUUUUGUGAAAAUAAUGUGGAAAUUUUUUCGUACAGUUAAAAUCGAUUCUAACGACAUUGUGGGGAUUGUGCUACAAAAGAGAAAUGUCACUAGGAGAUAAUUCAGUGACUUUUUCACUAAAAAUAAAAAAUCGAAGUAAAAAAAUAAUUCCGGUUGUUAAAAGACAAGCUUGAAUGUGAGAGGAUCGGGUUACGGCGCUCUCCAAAGCUGCAUGCAAAGAAAUAUAUGAGAGGUUAAGAAUUUUAGUUAACUACUUUUUUAUAUUUAUCAAAUUUAUCUAAAAAAAGACCAUCUUUUAUAUUUCUACUUUAUGCAUAGUUUGGGUGAAUAUUUAUUUCAAAUCCGAGUUUUUGGUGUUCCAGCUUGUCUUUUGUCAACCGAACUUUUAUUUUUCUUUAGAAAAGGAUGAUUUUUGGUGGAAGAGUCAUUAAAUGAGCCUCAAGUAAUAAAAUAAUUCUUGGUAACAUCGUAAAGUUGUUUUUUUUUACAAAAGAAGGAACAUCUGUCGUUUACCAUUUAAUGCUUAAAGUUCCAAAUAAAGUGGAUACAACUCAAAAUUAAUUGUAGAUGUUCUGACUAAUUGGUUGGUCGCUAUAACCGAUAUAUCGUUUUAUACGACAGACUGUACUUUUGCAAGUAUUUCUAUUUGGAUGUAACCAAGUCAUUACUUUUUUGUCGUGAUAACCGAUUUUCUCUGUACAAAUAAUAAUUCAGUUCAUCAACAAUCAAUUUUCAAACCAGCAUUUUUUUUUUCCU